AUGAUUGAACAAAAGUCCCAGCGUCUCAUGGCUGCCUGUACCGACGGUAACCUUGAACUCGUCAACAGAAUCGCCUCCAAAUUCGACAGCAUCCAGGAGCUCUGCGAGACCGAGCCCUCGUCUGGGUACACGCCCUUGAUGAUGGCUGCCCGACAUGGCCAUCUCGAGGUUGUUGAGGCCUUGAUCCAGCUCGGUCACGACCGCGCCGAGACUUCCAGGGAUCACAACAACAACAACAUCUUGAUGAUUGCAGCCGAACAUGGUCACUUGGCCAUCUUUGAGGUCUAUGCAACAAAAUUCCCGCGCGUUGUCGAGAUGAGCAACAAGAAGGGUUGGACAGCCCUGACAACUGCUGCUCGAUUUGGAGCCAUUGGCAUGGUCGAGAUUUUACUUCACCUUGGAGCAGACAUCAACCACCGAGACGAGGAAGGAAGCACGCCACUACACCAUGCUGCUGCCUAUGGUCACAUUCAGACCAUUACCUUGUUGAUUGAAAAAGGAAGCAGCUCGACCAUCAAAAACAAUGGCGGCUGGACCGCACAGGACUUCGCUUUCUCGGACAAGGUGUCAGCACACAUGGAAGAAUGCUGGAGAGCGACGGGCAGAUCGAUGACUUCGUCGCCUUCAUCCUUCUCGUCACUGUAUUCCAACGGCUCAGCACAGCAGGAUUCACUUUCAGGUUCACCACCAUCGACCGUCGGCAAGUCAGGAGCGAACACGCCUAUGCCAUUGGCGCUGUCUGGUCGUAAGGAGUCAUGGACGAAUCUUGCACAUGGACCCUUGUCGCCCAUCUUGGCCUCCAUCUCUGGCGCGACUUCUCCACGACUUGCACCCUCGAAUGCAUGGUCGGAAUUCAAGCGAGUUAUCGUCAAGCAGUAA